AUCAUAGGGUUGUACCUUUCGAUUGGUGGACUGAAAGGACAGCUGGGAGUGACUCUUACUCCCAACAGAGAAAAUCCCAUUGAGCUCAUUGGGCCAACAAACAAGAUUACUGAAAACUAUUUCUACGUCUGCUCUGGCCCUGGCCCACGAGUUCUCUUUCCCACUCUCAUUGGUGGCAAAGUCUUUCUCCUGGUGAUGGCACUGGUGUUCUCACUCAGGACGAGAAAGAUGAAAGACGAUGGUCAAGAC